AAGCCUGUUGCCUAUGGAUUGCUCAACAUUGUCAGCGCUUCUGGCAUUGUUUUUGCCAACAAGGCGGUCAUGACUACGUUUGGGUUCCAUUUCAUUUACGCCUUGACGCUAAUACACACCAUCACCACACUCCUAGGCAUGAAGGUUUUCUGUUACAUGGGCCUGUAUGAGGCCAAAAAGCUGCCAAAGAUAGCCAUCGCACCACUGGCGGGCGCUUAUGUUGGGUACAUCGUCCUCAACAAUCUGAACCUCCAAUUGAACACAGUGGGCUUCUACCAGAUCAGCAAGAUUGCUGUGGCACCGGCGGUACUUUUGGCAGAGGCAGUGUUUUUCGGGAAGAGGGCAUCGCGAAAGGUGGUUGCGGCCAUUGUAGUUAUGGGUUCAAACUGGGUGGGCUGGGGAGUGGGCGGUGGGGCAGUCGCGUCCACUGCCCUGUACCAGAUCUGGGCGGGCACUAAGCAGAAGGAGCUGGGGGCCGGCAGCAUGCAGCCGCUGGGCUGGGCGGACCCCAUCCCUGGCACACUGCUGGGCUACCAAUACUCCUUCGCAGCCAUCGCCGCCAUUGCCAUCUCCGCCGCACUCGGCCUCCUGGUGAGCCUGUCGACGUUUCUGGUGAUCGGGGCGACGUCAUCGCUGACAUACAACGUGGUGGGCCACAUAAAGACAGUGAUCAUCUUGAUGGGCGGCUGCAUGUUCUUCGGCGACGAGAUGCCCCUCAAGAAGCUGGCCGGCAUCAGCGUCGCCAUGUCCGGCAUCAUCUGGUACUCGCAG